CUGACGUUGAGGCAGCUACAUGAAGUCCACUGGAUGUAAACAUGGUGAUACACAGAUGAAAACAGCGCCAAAAUGGUCCUUGAAAGUGUGGUCGUUGACGUCCUAAACCGUUUUUUAGGGGACUAUGUUGUGAACCUUGACAGCUCGCAGCUGAAGCUUGGCAUAUGGGGAGGUGAUGCUGUCUUGAAAAGUCUUGAAAUAAAGGAAAAUGCCUUGAGUCAACUGGACCUCCCCUUUAAAGUGAAAGCUGGCCACAUAGGGCGUCUGGAACUAAAGAUUCCAUGGACGGACAUCUACAACAAGUCGGUGGAGGCCACAUUAGAUGGGGUCUAUCUCCUCAUCGUUCCCACAGCGAGUAUAAAGUACGAUGCAGAAAAGGAGGAGAAGCAGCUGCAGGAAGCUCGCCAGAGGGAACUUCAGCGGAUAGAAGAGACAAAGCUCAAGGCUGCAGAGCAAGAGAAUCCAACGUUAGAGAAGCAGGACACCUUCAUGGAAAAGCUCGUCACUCAAGUCAUCAAAAACGUACAGGUCAAGAUCUCUAACAUCCAUGUUCGAUAUGAGGAUGAUAUCACUAAUCCAAACUGUCCUUUGUCAUUUGGAGUGUCGCUUAAAAACCUCAGCCUUCAGACAGCUGACAAUAACUGGAAACCCAGUCUGCUGGAUGAACACUCCAAGCUGUUCUUUAAGUUGGUCGAGCUGAGCAACUUGUUUGCCUACUGGAAUGUCGACUCUGUUCUCUUCUCCAAGUACAGCGCAGAUGAAGCCCUGCGAUGUCUUCAGAGCAGCAUUGAAAUCCAACCUUCUGUUGCUGUCAGCCACGACUUCAUUUUUCGUCCUAUAUCAGCGAAUGCUAAACUGCGAAUGAAUCCCAGGUCCGAUGUGGAUUUCUCCUCUCCGAAAGUCGACCUGAUGGUCAACCUCAGUGAGGUGGCCAUUGAACUCAACAAAGAUCAGUACAUUAGCAUUUUGGAGUUGCUGGGCUCAGUGGAUAUGAUGUCACGAAAUCUCCCAUACAGAAAGUACAGACCUGAGGUCCACGUUCACGGAAAUGCUCACAUAUGGUGGAAGUAUGUGAUCACAGGUAUCCUGGAGGUCGAUGUGAAGCCACGUCUCCACAUGUGGUCAUGGAAACACAUCCGCCGCCACCGAAGAACGGUCAAGUGUUAUAAAGAGCUCUACAAGACAAAGAUCACCAGCAAAAAGCCAGCAGAAGAGCUGCUUAAGGAAUUAGAGUGUAAAGAAAAGUGUUUAGAUAUUUUUAACAUCACAUUGACCAGAAAACAAGCUGAAGUGGAGGCGAGCAAGGCAGGGCUACGUAUUUAUCGUCCAGGGAUGAAGAUGGAAGAAGAGGAGUCUCAGGGCUGGUUCGGCUGGAUGUGGAGCUGGGGAGGAGAAGCUGAGAAGCAGACAAAAGAUGCCAAGCCUGGGACAUUUGAUGAGUUGUUAACCGUGGAAGAGAAGGCUAAACUUUAUACUGCCAUCGGAUACAGUGAAACUGCAGCUAAUCCCAACUUGCCAAAGACUUUUGAGGACAUUAAGGUCAAUUUCCACAUGGAAAAACUGUCUGUGUCCAUCAAAGACAAUAAGGAUAAAAAUGAGCUCAUGAAGCUGACUGUGGGGGAGCUCAAGUCAACACUCGCACAGAGACCGGGAGCACAAGCCAUUAAAAUCACAGCUAAGCUUACUUUGUUUGAGGUGACUGGACUGGCCACUAAUAGGCCGGCACCAACCCUCCUCUCAUCGAGAAAGGCGGCUACAAAAGACGGAAACCCGCUGCUAUUCAUCCUGUUUGAGACCAACCCGCUGGAUGAGAGCGCUAACCAGCGGCUUUACGUUGAGUCUGAACCGCUGGAAAUCAUCUAUGAUGCAAUAACGGUGAACAACAUGGCAGAGUUCUUCAGACCUUCUGAUGACCUGCAGCUGGAUGAGCUUACCAACGCCACCCUGAUGAAGCUGGAGCAGUUUAGAGAUCGCACGGCCACUGGCUUAUUGUACGUGAUUGAAACACAGAAAGUCCUGGACCUGAAGCUGAACUUGAUGGCCUCCUACGUCAUUAUUCCACAAAGUGGCUAUUAUGAUGGAAAGCAGAACAUUAUGCUUUUGGAUCUUGGUCAUUUAAAGAUGUCCAGCCAGAGUAAGAAGGAUUUGCCCCAGCUGUCAGUGAAUUCCAGCAACAUUGCAGACAUCAUGUCCAGAGCAUACGACAGCUUUGAUAUCCAGCUCAGCAGCCUACAGUUCCUUUACAGCAAACCAGGUGGUGACUGGAAAACUGCUCGCAAACAGAGGCAGUCUCCGCUUCAUAUCCUGGAGCCCGUGGACCUGAAAGUGGUUUUCAGCAGAGCCAUGGUUGUGAAAGACUCACGGAUGCCAAAGUAUAAAAUGCACGGUGACCUCCCACGACUGUCUCUUCGAAUUUCUGAUAACAAACUUCGAAGUGUUCUGGAACUGGUGGACAGUAUUCCUCUGCCUGAAAGCAAACCUGCAGCACGAGGCACCACUUCAUCUUCCAGUACAAGGUCAAAGCAGUCGUUUACACCUCGGCUUACUGGAAGAAAACACCUGAGUUUGAUUGACCAGCGUUCCUCUCUCAUUUUUGAGUCCUGUGAGACCAUCAGCAUCACCUCACUGGGGUCACAGGAAGAUUUGUUUUACGAUGCUCCCAGCUCUCCGAUAGGAGACAAGCCUUUCUUCCCUGACAAUCCCUUGCCACUACGAUAUGCAGAUAGAACCAAAAGAAACAAUCAGAUGGAAGAUCCUCAGAAGAACAUGACUGACUUCUCCCUGAGAUUUGAGAUCACUGAGUUGUCUGUUCAGCUGUGCCGUCUAUUGGGAGCUCAGGAGGUCGUAGUUCUUCACCUUCAUAUCGAGGGUCUGGGCACCGAGCUGAUGCUGCGCACCUUUGACAUGUCGUCAAGCACCUUCCUGCGAGAGAUUUGCCUGAAGUGUCCUGAAUAUAUGGAUUCUGAAGACAAGCAGGUCCAGCUGAUCACCACUUUAGACAACAGCAAAGAUGACCUCUUGACCUUGGAUUAUGUCAAGGCUGAUAAGAAUGGCCCAGAGUUUAAAACUCAGCAUAACAACACAGAGCAACUAAUCAAGGUGGUGUUUUCUUCCUUGGACGUUCAUCUGCAUACAGAAGCUCUCCUCAACACCAUGAACUUCCUCACCAACCUCCUUCCUCAGUCCACUAAGAAGGAAGCAGGGCCAGAAGAGCUUCCCACUAUCCCAGAGGAGGAAGAGGCCGAGGGAGAGAAAGAAGGAGAGAAGAGGGAAGAAACAGCUGUGAUAAGGAAAAAAUCCUCUAAAAGCUCAAAGUUUGCAGAUGUGGUGAAUCUUCAUGUGAGAGCUGACCUGCAAUGCUUGAAAGUCUUUAUUCGAGGACAGAAAGCUAGGAUCUCAGAGAUUAGCAUCGAAGGUCUGGUCACUGAGGUCACGAUGAGAAAGAAGGACAUGGCGGUCCGUGCCAACUUAAGAAGUAUUGUGAUCCUUGACUGCAAUAAAGACGCCUUAUACAAGAAGGCGGUAUCGAUUGCAGAUAAGCAGGUUUUUUCCUUCAGAAUGAUGAACUACACAGGGGCAACAGAAGGAGACGCCUACCUUGACAUGACUAAAGUCGACACAUCUGUGUCACUGGAAGUCGGGUGCAUUCAGGUCAUUUUCCUCAACAAGUUUGUCUCCUCCAUUCUGGUGUUUAUUAAUAACUUCCAAGAGGCUAAAGAGGCCCUCGCUGAGGUGACGGUUCAGGCUGCAGAAAAGGCAGCAUCUGGAGUGAAGGAGCUAGCUGAGAGAAGCACUCGAAUCGCUCUUGAUGUCCACUUCAAUGCACCUGUGAUUUUCCUCCCACAAUCCUCCUCCUCUACAAAUGUCAUCGUCGCUGAUCUGGGCCUCCUGUCCAUCAAAAACCAUUUCAUCAAGCAGCCAUUUAGAAAUAAUGCUCCAAUCCCACCGGUUGUGGAUAAAAUGACAGUGAAACUGACUGACCUCAAGAUGUACAGAACCACUUACAAAAAUAUGGAUUUUGAAGGAGAGACUCAGUUGCUGAAGCCAGUCAGCCUGAACCUGGAAAUCCAACGCAAUCUUUCAGCAAACUGGUACCACAGCAUCCCUGACAUAGAGAUCACUGCUCAUCUGAAGCCCCUCAGUCUGAUCCUCUGCCAGGAUGACAUGAUCAUCGUCUUGAGGACUCUGAAUGAGAACCUGUCAGAAAAGUCUGAAACCGCUCAGCCUCCAGCUCUUCUGCCCGCCACUGAUCGCUCCUCUGAUUCUGUAUCCAACAAAGGAUCCCAAGGCUCAGGAACCGUUGAACCUGCCAACACAGGAAACACGGUGGUGAUAGCUGCUGUUGUGGAGACCCAGAAACACAGUAAGCCGAGGACUACUACGCUUAAACUGGACUUCAAGUUCGACUCCAUGACGCUGGUUCUGUACAGCCCCAAUGAGAACGUGAUACAGCUCUUAGACCCACAUGACGAGCAGCUAAAGCUGGCAGAGUUUAGUCUGGGCACCAUCUCCACCUCUGUCCACAUGUUCUCUGACAGCUCCAUGGAGGCAUCUGUGCGACUCUCUACGUGCCUCCUAGAUGAUAAGAGGCCAAGAAUCAAGAUGGUCACCCCGAGGAUGAUGGAACUGCGGCCUGGCGCAGAGCAAAACAUGAUGGUGGAGGUGAACUAUCGUCAGGGGCUUGAUGGAACCAAUAUCGAUACUGUGGUGCAGGAUGUGUACCUGUGUGCCAGCAUGGAGUUUCUGCUAACAGUGGCAAAUAUUUUUCUUGAAGCCAACAAGCAGGGUUUUGCUCAUGGGGCACAACCCAAAAACAACACUGAAGCUGGAGAAAAGAAGAACAUUAACUCCUCUGUCACAUCUAAAGACUCAAGUACAGCUACAGCUCCGGUGUCAAAGAUGGAGAUGACUGUUGUUGUGCGUAACCCGGAAGUUGUUUUUGUUGCCGACCUGACGCGUGCAGACGCCCCGGCGCUGGUGAUGACCACACAGUGUGAGGUGUCGAUGAAGAGCGGAGCGGAGUCACUGAUGACCGCCAUCAUCAAAGACCUAAAGGUUAUGGCAUGCCCCUUCUUAAGAGAGAUGAGGAAGAACAAUAUGACCACCAUUCUGCAGCCAUGUCAGGUGUUCUAUGAAAGUUAUCAGCCCUCAGGGGCUCCUCAGGCUAUGAAAAUUGAAAUAAAAGCUAUUUCACUGAAGGUAUCUCCUGUCAUCAUCAACACAGUGAUUACUAUCCAGUCAGCUCUGACGCCCAAGGCUGAGACUCCUGAGGAGCUGGAGAGCCCAGUUCCCGUGGACCUCUGGCAGAAACGGGGCUGGAAGGAGCUCAAACUUUGGUUCUUAGAAGAGGAGAAGGAUAUAGACACAAAGUCUCUGACCCCACUGAUUCCACAGGGAGAGUCGUUAAAGUUGUCCAUAGACUCAAUCUUUGUGACUCUGGAGGCUGGAGUGGGACACCUUACCAUGCCCAUGCUUCUCGCCAAAUCCUCCUUUGAAGGAGAUGUUAAAAACUGGUCCACACUCAUUAACCUCCACAGCAAACUCACCCUUGAGGUUCACUAUUACAAUGAGAUGAUGGGAGUGUGGGAGCCUCUCUUGGAGCCUUUGGAGGAUGACACAGGAGAAAGUUUCACUCCUUGGACUCUAAAACUGAAGAUGAAGAAGAAGGCAAUAAAGAGCAGCCCUUCUUCAGACGAAGUGGAUUAUAGUAGUCCAGACUAUAAGACAGAGUUUUACAUCAGCAGUAAAGACCAGCUCAACAUCACCGUUUCCAAGUGUGGACUCACCAUGCUGAGUAACCUUGGCACAGCAUUCGCAGAAGCUGCCAAACAAACUGCAGAGUGUUUUCAAAAGGAUGAAGCUCCGUUUGUCGUGAAAAAUCGACUUGGUCUUCCCGUCUCUGUCUGGCAUAGUGAGACGUUUUCACCCGUCAGCAAGGAGAGCAUUGAGCACAUUGUGGAGCUGCAGGAUGGCGAAAGCCUCCACAUGGACUACUCAGUCACAGCACACUCUGAUCAGUUUUCUGCUAUGACCUCGCUCAAUGAAAAAGAUUACUACAUAAAGCCUACUCCAGUGGGCCACACCUCAACCAAUGUGAUCCCCCUGAUCAAAGUGGGCAGGGGUAUGUACAAUGUCAUGCACAAUGACUCGGGCGUCACUCGCUUCCUUGUCUGUCAGAUCUCUUCUGUGGAGGGCAGAAAAUGCAUCAAGAUCCGCUCUCCUUUUCAGAUCAUCAAUCAUUUCACGGUCCCAUUCAAUGUUUUCGAGGGAUCUACAUGCCUUGGUGAAGCGUCUCCGUCUGAGGAGUUCUGUGUGCCUCUGGAUUCAUACAGGUCUGAACUCAGCCUACAGCCAAUAAUGGAAAACGCCACUGCUGAUGAAGGAAAUCAGUUUGAUUUAUCAGGGGGUUUCAGUUACGAGGAUAUCUGCAACCUUGAACCAAACUCUCACCUUAAGCAGACCUGCCGUUGUCGCAGUGAUGAGUCUACCCUGAUGACGAUCAACAUUGUGCCAGUGAAAGACACAGUGUCAUGCAAGGAGACUGGAGAUAUUGGAGAGAACUUUGAUGUGCCCUUUGUGCUUCACCUCUGGCCUUCAGUCCUGCUACGAAAUCUCCUGCCUUAUCCCAUUGCCUACAAAUUAAAGGGAAAUGGGGUUUGUGGCCCUGAAGUUACCCUGAAUCCUGGCCACUCUACUCAGCUUCACACUGCGCUCAUCAACCAGUCAAGUCUUGAUCUCCGCCUUCUGGAUUAUUUGGCUCAGGACUGGUCUUCAGAAUACAGAAUCCAGAGUGAGCAGGAGGAAAUCACCUUCAUUGUAUUCCAGUCUCUUCGGGUUGAUGAGGAAGAUGUAGGAGAUGGCUCAGAGAGAAAAAGGGCUGAGUUGGAUAUUGCAGUGCAUAUUAAGUAUGAUCCAGGUCAGACUGUCGUUGCCAUCCACUCUCCAUACUGGAUGGUGAAUAAAACAGGGAGGCUGCUACAGUACAAGGCUGACGAUAUCCACCGUAAACACCCCCUAGACUAUGAUAUGCCCCUCCUCUUUUCCUUUAAGCCUCGCAAUUUCCUGAGGAAAAAUAAGGUCCGCCUCAUGAUCUCUGACAGUGAGCUGUCAGAUGAUUUCUCUCUAGACACAGUUGGUAGCCAUGGUGAUGUGAAAUGUAAAGGCAGAUACAAAGACUACCGGGUUGGUGUGAAGAUAGAUGCAAGCAGCUUCAGUCUCACUCGCAUGGUGACCUUUCUACCAUUUUAUAUUCUGGUCAACGGAACCAAGCACCCGAUUUUUAUAUGCGAGGAUGGCCAAGACAACUGGGCUCAAGUAGAUUCACAACAGUCAGCUGUGCCUUUCUGGCCUGAGAGUGACACCGGGCGCCUGAAGAUCAAAUUAGAAGGAUGUUUAGCUCCUCCUCAAACUAUUGAUUUCACGAAAGCAGAGAACUGCCUGCUGCUUCGUCUGGACAACUCUGUGGGCGGGAUCAUUGUUGAUGUGAACCUGACGGAGCACUCGACCACCAUCCGUUUCUCUGAUUACCAUGACGGGGCGGCCCCUUUCCUCCUCAUUAACCACACCAGAGAGCAAACCCUUCUGUUCGGACAGAGCACCGCGAAAGAGACUCUGUGGGUUGCUGAUUCGGUGCUCGACCUUUCCUUCUCAGAGCAGGAGGACAGCUCUCAGAUGGAGGUAGAGUGGGAAGAAUUGGAGGCUGGAAAGGCCAUAUACUACACCUGGACUGAGCCCACUGGGUCGAGAGAGCUUUGCUGGAGAUGGGGGCAGUACAAUGGGGUACUGAAGGUGGAGAAGAAUGAAAUUGAUGACCAGGAUAAUAAAAAUAGGGAACUUAAAGUGAUUUCCUUUUAUGAAGGUCUCCAGCAUGUUGUGCUGUUCACUGAGGAUCAGCGGAUCUACAAACUGCUUAUGGAAAAUGAAAGAUUGCGACAGCCUGAACAGGAGUAUAUCCUGUUGCUCCAGAAUAUGGGCAUCUCCUUGGUCAACAACACCAACAGCCAAGAGGUUUCCUAUAUUGGAAUCACUAGCUCUGACGUGGUAUGGGAGAUUAAUCACAAGAAGAAGGGACGGUGGAAACCCUUGAGCCAAGGACAGGUUGAGAUGUUGGAGAACUGCUUCAAAGACUACAUUGAAACCUCACCCGUAGACUACUGCAUCGCCAAUCUGGGAGACUUGCAGGUCAGAUUUACACCUAAUUGUACAGAUAUGCAAAUGCUGCAGCCACAAGACGCUCCUCUAAGGCGGACCUACCUACCGGGGGUGAAAGUAGUGUAUGGCAUCUCACCAGGACAGAGCUCCUACCAAGUCCAAAUCCAUCGCAUACAGAUCCAGAAUCAGCUGCAAGGUGCCAUCUUCCCUUUCGUCUUUUACCCUGUCAAACCCUCAAAGUCGAUAGCCAAGGACACAGAACCAAAACCUCUUAUUGACCUCAGCAUUGUUACCAGAUCAGCUGGACACUCAAACAUCUCUCGCAUCAAGUACUUUGCAGUUUUGAUCCAGGAGAUGACUCUAAAGCUUGAUCUGGGUUUUCUGUACGCCAUCUCUGAUUUCUUUACUUCUGAGAAGGCUGGUGCCAUGACUUCACAACAGGAGGUGGAGCUGUUUGCUGAUGACAUAGAGUACAUAAAGACAGAGCUGAACCAUGUCUCUUCUACUGACACAUCAUCCAUUUGCCUCUUUGAGAACUUCCACAUCUCCCCUAUCAAGUUGCGUUUGAGUUUCUCUCUGAGCACAGGAGGAGAAGAUGGCUUGAAGGAGAAGAGGGAAACUGAACUCAUCCCUGUUCAGUCCCUCAACCUCCUGCUGAAGAGUAUUGGAGCCACCCUCACUGAUGUGCAGGACGUUGAGCUGCAGCUGGCAUUUUUUCAGUUAUACUUCAAGUUUUAUACCACCCAGCAGCUACAGUGGGAGGUCAUCACACAUUACUCUAAGCAGGCUAUUAAACAGAUGUAUGUGCUGGUGCUGGGCCUGGAUGUGCUGGGGAAUCCCUUUGGACUGAUCAGAGGAUUGUCAGAAGGUGUCGAGGCUUUCUUCUAUGAGCCUUACCAGGGAGCUAUCCUGGGUCCUGAAGAGUUUGUUGAAGGAAUGGGUAUUGGUGUGAAGGCGCUGGUUGGAGGAGCUGUCGGGGGUAUAGCAGGUGCAGCCUCUAGGAUAACAGGUGCCAUGGCAAAGGGUGUAGCUGCAAUAACCAUGGAUGAGGAAUUCCAGCAGAAGAGGCGAGAAGCUAUGAACAGACAACCAACUGGCCUGAAAGACGGGCUGGCCAGGGGUGGAAAAGGAUUGGUUUCUGGGUUUGUCAGUGGAAUCACAGGGAUUGUCACCAAACCUAUCAAAGGGGCUCAGAGCGAGGGAGCAGCAGGCUUCUUUAAAGGAAUUGGUAAAGGUUUGGUGGGUGCGAUAGCUCGACCGACAGGAGGCAUUAUCGACAUGGCCAGCAGUACUUUCCAGGGCAUCAAAAGGGCAGCAGAGACCUCACAGGAUGUCUUCUCUCUGCGUCCUCCUCGCUUCAUCCAUGAGGAUGGUGUCAUCCGACCCUAUAAGGAGAGGGAAGGCAUCGGGAGUCAGAUGCUCCAGAAAAUUGAAAAUGGACGUUUUGCCAAAUACAAAUACUUUGCCCAUGCCAAGGUUAACGAGUCUGACUUCUUUAUGAUCACCAAGAGAGGAAUAUUUUUUGUGACUAAAGGCACCUUCGGCCAGCUGACCUGUGAGUGGCAGUAUCUCUUUGAAGAAUUCACAAUGGAUCCCAAGAUUGUUGCAGGCCGCCGCCUACGGAUUGAGGCCAAGGAAAGAGUGAAAUCAGUCUUCCACGCCAAAGAGUUCGGGAAAAUCAUCAACUUCAAAACGCCAGAGGUGGCUAAGUGGGUUCUUGACAAACUGCAAGAUGCUAGACCUAAAUACUAAUAAAGAAGACUAAGAUGUGCUAAAAACCACACAUGAUCUCUGUGUCAGUGCCUUUGCUCUUUAGUGCAUGUCUACUUUGUGUUUCUACAUGUAAAAGCAGUGCACAAAUGUUGGUUUUUUUUUUUUACUGUUUGCAUGAAUUAUUAUAACAUAAAAAGUGCUUUAAAAGUAUUUCUGAAUUUUAUUACCAAAUCUCAGAAUGAAUCCAGCCAAACUUUGUCAUUACUCUACUUGCACUCUUUCUUUUUUCACAAAUAUAGUUUAUUGGUCUUUUUGACUAUUGACAUAAAUCCCACAGUUUACCUGCACAUUUUGUAACAUUCACUGUAAAAAGCUAAUGAAACACAGAUGUUUUAAAACCUGCUUAUUUCAUUAUAUUUCCUCUUCACUAUAUUUAGUUUUAUAUGAAAUGUUAGUAACAUCACUGCAACAGCUUGAAUAUCUCAAAUAACACUGAGGCCAAAUUACCAAGUGCACAUUUAAUCUUUAAAGCUGUUAAAUAUCUACCAGAUU